AUGGGUGCUAACGUUUCUGCUCUUGUCAACCCUGCGAAGAAGGGCCAGUACGUCGACGACGCCCGGGCUCGCGAGCAGCUCGAGGUGCUCCUCAAGCUCGCGGAUGCGCGCCUCGACACGUAUCAGGGCCAGCUCGAGAUGAUGUUUCUUGACAACGCCGGUGCGGCGAAGCGUUCGGUCCCCGGCAAACGCGCUCUGCGCUUUGCACGCUAUGUCGGCGUGAACGUUGGUGUCGACCAAGAGAGCUACGAGCAGGAGAACGCCCCUUCUGAGUCUAACCCAGACGAGUCUGGUCUGCCGAAGGUGACGGAGAAGAAAGUAUCAACGAAGACCGCAUUCACCGAGGUUGACGAGGUUGUGCGCACGUUCUUCAACAUCACCCCUGAGGAAUGGGCUCCGAGCACCGUUGUGCCCAGCAACAGGAACCUUCAGGAGUUACCCCAGACCAAGCGCGUCUCGGCUAUGCGCGGCUUCGCUAAAGUCGUCAGUAACGGACUAAAGGAGAUCCUCAUGGAGACCACUUCUACCGGAGAGAGCACUGACCAGAAGUUCUUCGUGUGCAUCCAUCACAACGCGGUCAUCCGCAUCGAUGUCAUGACUUACAGGUACAACUUCAAUAAGGUUGUCAACAAGGAAACUGAGAAGGACGCCGGUAAAGCCUCGACGUUCCUCUCAUUUAACGGCCAGAUCUGCGAGAACAUCUUCGGCUAUGUGUACUGUCUGUCGGUGGUUGACCACAGUCAGGUUACCGACGACGAACUCGUGUUUCUUGCGAGCGAGUUCGCUGGUGACGCGCUCAACGAGUUCGGGGCAUACAUUGACGAACUCAUGGCGGUCUGGGCGAAGUUGCGCGCUGGCAACCCCAUCAUGCCGACUCUGACUCGUUGA